UUGCUCUCUUGUUCUUUGUAUAAAUACCUCUUUCGGUGUCUAUUAGGAGCCACCGUAGCCUUCUUUUCUUCUCUCAUAUUGCACACCUGGUGAAAAUUAUCUUUCUUUCAUCAAUUUCCCAAUCAAACGCACUUGUUUUAACCUUUCAAAUUUAGAGCUCUCAACUCAUCCGUGAAUCUCCACUCAAACUGCACCUAUUUGCUUAUCUUUUAUAAUUCUCAUUUCAUCUUUAUCCAAAAAAACCCCACAAAAAAAAAAAAAAAAAUCCCAUUUCAUCACAUCUUUAAUCUUUCUUACCUUCUCCUCCUCUUUCUGCAUCUUCUCAAUCUUUAGUUAACAUACCAUAUCUAUGGCUAACCUCACCAAUUUUUCUACUCACAAACAGGAAUAUGAUAUAUUCUUGAGUUUUAGAGGUGAAGAUACCCGUAAUAAAUUUGUAAGCCAUUUAUAUGAAGCUUUGUGUAACGCAGGCUUUUACACCUUCAUUGAUAAUAACCUUCAAAAAGGAGAAAUAGUUUCAAAACAACUUUUCAAAACAAUUAAAAUGUCCAAGAUUUCAAUUGUUGUACUUUCUGAAAACUAUGCAUCUUCUACUUGGUGUUUGGAUGAACUUGACUAUAUUCUCAAACGUAAGAAAAAGGGUCAAUUCGUGUUGCCGGUUUUUUACGAAGUGGAACCGUCGGAAGUACGUAAACAAGAGCAAAAGUUUGGAGACAACUUAAGUAAACAUGCAGAAAAAUUCAAGGAUAAGGUGCAAAAUUGGAAAGCAGCUCUAAAUAAAGUUGGUCGUUUGUCUGGAUGCCAUUACAAAGGCGGUUCGGAAACUAAAUUUAUCCGGGAAAUUAUUGAAGAGAUUUCAAAAUUCAAAAUAAUGGGAAAACUCUUAUAUGUUGCCAAAUACCCUGUUGGAGUAGAUUCUCGUGCCAAGGAUGUAGAAUCUCUUGUAGAUAUUAAGUCAGAUUAUGUACAUAUGGUAGGAAUUCAUGGUCUUGGGGGAAUAGGUAAGACUACCAUCGCAAAAGCUGUUUAUAACAAAAUUGUUGGUAAUUUUGAAAGAAGCUGCUUUUUAGCAAAUGUCAGAGAAAAUUCAAGGACAGAUGAUGACACAAUUAAGCUACAAGAGAAAAUUCUUUCUAAAAUCUUACAAAAUCAACAUUUGAAGGUGAACAAUGUAUCCGAAGGAAUUAAUGUGAUAAAGGAAAGGCUUCGUAGUAAAAGGGUUCUUUUGGUUCUUGAUGACGUGGAUAAAUCAAAACAAAUAGAAAAUUUGCUUGCUAAACAUGAUUGGUUGGUAUCAGGAAGUAGAGUCAUUAUAACAACAAGAGAUGAACACUUGUUAAUUGCUCUUGGAAAAGUUUGUACAACUUACAAGGUCAAGAAAUUAGACAAUCAUGAAGCUCUUGACCUCUUUAGUCAAUAUGCUUUCCAUAAAGUCAAACCCGAUGAAGAAUAUUCCAAACUUACAAAUCAAGCCUUGUAUUAUGCCAAAGGUCUUCCAUUAGCUCUAGAAAUAAUAGGUUCUAAUUUGUGUGGGGAAACAAAACCUGUAUGGGAAAGUACACUCCGUAAAUAUGAAAAAUAUCCCGAUGAAAGAAUUAAUGAAAUACUUGAGGUAAGUUAUGAUGGAUUGGGAGAAAAUGAAAAGAAUAUAUUUCUUGAUAUUUCAUGUUUCUUCAAGGGAAGGUCUAAAGAUUUUGUUGAAAAUAUAUUAGACAAGUGCAAUUUAUAUCCAAAGUCUGGUAUUCAAAUACUUGUUCAUAAAUCCCUCAUAACUAUUGAUCAAUAUGGCAAAUUGUCAAUGCAUGACUUGAUACAACAAAUGGGAAUGGAAAUUGUUCGGCAAGAAUCGCCAAAUAUCCCUAGAAAACGUAGCAGGUUAUGCAAUUAUAAGGAUGCUCUUCAAUUUCUACUUGGAAAUACGGGUUCUGAGGAAAUUCGCGGUAUAAUGCUGUAUUCACCUACUCUAAAACAAGUGCGAUUACACCCUGAAGCUUUCAAAAUGAUGGAAAAUCUCAUAUUUCUUAUGGUUGAUAAUGUUGAAAUUUCUGAAGCACUUACAUAUCUCCCUAGUGGACUAAGGCUUCUUGAAUGGCCAAAAUAUCCUUUUAACUUUCCAUCCAACUAUUGCCCUCAACAACUUGUUGCACUCGAGAUGCGGGGAAGUUGCAUUAGAUUGGAGAAGAUAUUUAAGCAGGAGGAUUUGUAUGAAAAUAUAAAAAGUAUUAAUUUGAGUGAGUGUGAAUUCAUUAGAAAACUUCCUGGUUUUCGCGCUCCAAACUUAGAGACAUUGAACUUGGGUGGUUGUGUAAAUUUAACUGAGGUCCAUGACAACAUUGGAUUACUUGAUAAGCUUGAAUAUUGGGAACUUGGUUUUUGCAAAAAGCUCGAAAUUCUUCCCAGCAAGCUCAAUUUGAAAUCUCUUUGGAAUUUAAAUCUACAUGGCUGCAAAAGGCUUAAAAAGUUCCCCCAGAUUCAUCCAGAAAUGAAAUGUUUGAUAUUAUAUUUGGGUGAUACUCGUAUUAGCAAAUUGCCCUCAUCACUAAAGUAUCUCACCCGUGGGCUUAUUGGUUUACACCUAAAUGAUGUUCAAAAUCUAGAUCUCAGCUUUGCGCAAUAUGGGUUUAAGAGCUUGACAUAUCUAGAUCUCAGCAGUUUUGAUGGAAAUAUGGUUGAUUUAUAUAUUUGGUUGAGGCCCGAUUACCUCCCGGUAUUGGCAACUCUACUGCUAUAUUUUCAAACCAGUGAAUCACAUUGAAGUUGUAUGUGAAGUUGAAGAUAAUAUUGAUUAUAAACUAAUACCAUCAGAUGAUAACACUGACUUCAUAAAAUGGAUGGGGGUCCAUGUAGAAUGCAUUUGUUGUUGUCCAGGGUCGCCCAUUAGAAAGCGGAGACAGGUCUCUCCUCCAAUGGAUCUAACAUAAUUGGGAUUUACGGAUGGAUUUGAUUUGGGUUCAUCUUCAAUGACCCAGAUUUUGGAUAGCACUUGUGGGUCUUCCUCAGUUCUGGAUGACACUGAACAACUACCUUUGCCACUGGUUUCCUCCACUUCUUAUUGUUCAGAUUUAAAUCAUGGGGUUUCCAACAGUGGAGGACUGCGAUGGAAAAUAAGAAUUUGACUCCGCCGGAAAAGCCUAGCAGAAAGCAGAGCUCUCCUCCAACCCCUUCCAUGUGGCAAGACUGGGCUAAAGAUGAAGCUUCUCUUAACACUUGCUAUCUUCGUCAUCCUUAUUCAAUCUCUUCUUCUUCAUUUUGCAAACAACACAUAAUUAUGAUUUAAGUGCCACCUUUCUCUACUGAGGUAUGCCUCCUUCAGUUACAUAUAUAGUUACCUGAACUUGCUGCUGUUGAGGUAAUUGGAGGCCCCAAGAUCCCUUUCCACCUUGUAAUGUUUUUUGCUUAGCUUAGCAUCAAUCAAGUGCCAAGUAAGGUUACCUUCAAUGUUUGGGAAUAGCUCAAUACCUCUGUUGUUGAUAGAGCUACCUUGCGAGUAGGAAUCAUUAAGUGGUAUAUAGCAUGCAUUAAGUGGUUAUGUAUGAAGGGUAAAAAAUUUUUACAGGUCAUAUGCAAACUUGCUUGGUCUAUAGUGGUUUCUUAUGUUUGGCUUCAAAGAAAUGCUCCCGUAUUCAAUGCCAAUGUCAAAUCUAAGUUUGUCUUGUUCAAGGGAGUUCAAAACCUCUGAGGCAUCACUGUACAAAAGCUGUUUUGCAGAUCCCCUGCUUUAGUGAUGUUCUGGUGAAUAUUCAGGAAUGGGAGAAUCAGCACAAACAUCUGAUAGCUACAAAACCCAUACCUCUUUACCCUUUUUGGUGCUCAAAUCAACUUCAACACUUAAGAAGGAGACAUGUUGGAUUGUAAGGUGAAAAAUUGUGGAGCAACUAUUACAAAGGACUAUAGGCUAUAGCUAUGUUAAGUUCAUCAAGAUGUUACACUUCUACAGCUAAAAAGCUUUUUGCCACAACAGAAAAUUUCUUGGCAGUAUGGCAUGUGAACAGAUGUUGAAGGUACCAAGAGAGAAAGUGCAAUUAAAGGAACCAAUUUUAGUAGUUUGAAGAGUUACUUUGCUGAUUUGUAGAUGGAAGGUGGUGUAGGUCUUUUAGCAGUUCAAAGAAUUUCUUUGUUGAUUAGUUUCAACAUAAUUCUAAUACAAAACUUUUCACUUCAGAUUUCUUUGGUAAUCCUAUCCAUGACCUUCAUUUGACAUCUUGAUGACAGAGUAUUGUUUACCAUGCCAUUUACAUGGUGGUCUUGGUUGAUCUUUUUUGGGAGGAUUAUGAUGUAUUUAUUUUUGAUGGAUCACUUUUCUUUUGGUGUGUCCAUGGGUGGAAGAUUAUAAAGUAUUUAAGUUUUCUUUGUAAUGUGUUCUGUCUCUCUUUUUGUAUUUAAUAUCUUUUCCCUAGGAGGACCUGGCAAGGAUCAUACGGCAUUUAAUUUUGGUGUAUCAUGUUUUUAUUUUUAA